GUCACGCUGUUGGUUCGUCUGUCACGAGCUUUAUCCCAGCCGCGGACUGGAAGGUGGAGAAUUAGAACGGACAUCAAUUAUACAGGACAUCUUAUUAAGCAAAUUUAGUGCGCGAUAAAGAGAAAAGUGCAAUUAUUGCAUAUCGCUGGUUGAAAGUUAAGGCUCCCCGCUGAGUUAUUCCGGUCAACCGGUGAUGUAUUCCAGUAUUUGAACGAUAUUGCUAGCCAGCUAGCUAGCUAGCUGUUAAGCUAGCUUUACGGUGCGUGACUCGAAGUAACUUAACGUUAUAUUCUCGGAUGUUGUUUUCAUUGGCACGUCUGACUACAUUUAUCAUAUAGACAUUCAAAUACUGGGUGGUUUUAACUGACGGGAAUAAUUACGGCAGGUGUUAAGCGCGUAGGUCCUCGUCCUAGCUGGCUAAGGAUUGAAUGAAAUAACGUUAGCUUGGCAUAGCCAGCGGAAACGAGCCAGUUAACAGGGAUAACGUUAUCUUAUCCUGUUGCUGGUUGAUCCAUCGCUAUACAGCUAAUCUAGCAAGUGCAAAAGGAGUUAGCCACGUACAGGCACAGCCUACAGUUAGCCAGGUAGGUAACAGACUGUCAUACAUUUAUAGUGGACGACCAGAUCUACGAAGUAGCUAGCUACCACCAAACGUCAAGUUGGCCAUCUUCCACUUCAGUCCAGUGUGAAAAGCUGACCGACGUCAGUUCAUUUUUACGAAUAAGGCCGGAGUGAGGACAGAAACCUGCAAAAAUGCCGGCUGUGUCGAAAGGAGAUGGAAUGCGCGGAUUAGCUGUUUUCAUUUCGGACAUUAGAAAUUGUAAGAGCAAGGAAGCUGAGAUUAAACGAAUCAACAAGGAGCUGGCCAACAUUCGUUCCAAGUUUAAAGGGGACAAAGCUCUGGAUGGGUACAGCAAGAAGAAGUAUGUCUGCAAGCUGCUCUUCAUUUUUCUGCUGGGCCAUGACAUUGACUUUGGACACAUGGAGGCAGUCAACCUGCUGAGCUCCAACAAAUACACAGAGAAACAGAUUGGCUACCUGUUCAUCUCAGUGCUGGUAAACAGCAACAGUGAGUUAAUCCGUCUGAUCAACAACGCCAUUAAGAAUGACUUGUCCAGCCGCAACCCCACCUUUAUGUGCUUGGCUCUUCAUUGUAUCGCAAAUGUGGGAAGCCGUGAAAUGGCUGAGGCUUUUGCUAGUGAGAUCCCUCGAAUCCUGGUGGCUGGUGAUACCAUGGACAGUGUGAAACAGUCAGCUGCCCUGUGUCUGCUGCGCCUCUAUAAGACCUCUCCUGAUUUGGUGUUGAUGGGCGAAUGGACAUCACGAGUGGUGCACCUGCUCAACGACCAACAUAUGGGUGUGGUGACGGCAGCCAUCUCGCUCAUCACCUGUCUGAGCCAGAAGAAUCCAGAUGAGUUCAAGACCUGUGUUUCCCUGGCCGUUUCUAGACUCAGCAGGAUUGUGUCGUCGGCUUCCACUGACCUCCAGGAUUACACCUACUACUUUGUCCCAGCACCGUGGCUCUCCUGCAAGCUACUGCGCCUGUUGCAGUGCUACCCACCACCAGAAGAUGGGGCUGUCAAGGGCCGUCUGGUGGAGUGUCUGGAGACCAUCCUUAAUAAGGCACAGGAACCUCCAAAGUCCAAGAAGGUGCAGCACUCAAAUGCAAAGAAUGCCAUCUUGUUUGAGGCUAUAUCGCUUAUCAUCCACUAUGACAGUGAGCCAAACCUUCUGGUGCGAGCCUGUAACCAGCUUGGCCAGUUCCUGCAGCACAGAGAGACUAACCUGCGCUAUCUGGCUCUGGAGAGUAUGUGUACUCUGGCUAGCUCUGAGUUUUCCCAUGAAGCUGUCAAGACGCACAUUGAGACCGUCAUCAACGCCCUAAAGACUGAGAGGGAUGUAAGUGUUCGACAGAGGGCAGCUGACCUGUUGUAUGCCAUGUGUGAUCGCAGCAAUGCCAAGCAGAUUGUAGCCGAAAUGCUCAGCUACCUUGAGACAGCGGACUACUCCAUCAGAGAGGAGAUGGUGCUGAAAGUGGCCAUACUGGCAGAAAAGUAUGCCGUGGAUUACUCCUGGUAUGUGGACACCAUUCUCAACCUUAUCCGCAUUGCUGGUGACUACGUCAGUGAAGAGGUUUGGUAUCGCGUCAUCCAGAUCGUGAUCAACCGAGACGACGUGCAGGGCUACGCCGCAAAGACAGUCUUUGAGGCCUUGCAGGCCCCUGCCUGCCAUGAGAACAUGGUGAAGGUUGGAGGCUACAUUCUGGGAGAGUUUGGUAACCUUAUCGCUGGUGAUCCACGCUCCAGCCCCCUGGUCCAGUUCAACCUUCUGCACUCCAAGUUCCAUCUGUGUUCUGUGCCCACUCGUGCCCUUCUGCUGUCUGCCUACAUCAAGUUUAUCAACUUGUUCCCAGAGACCAAGGCCACCAUCCAAGAGGUUUUGCGCUGCGAUAGCCAAAUCCGCAACUCAGACGUGGAGCUGCAGCAGCGUGCUGUCGAGUAUCUGAAGCUAUCUUCCAUUGCUAGCACUGAUGUCCUGGCCACUGUCCUGGAGGAGAUGCCUCCUUUCCCAGAGAGGGAAUCGUCAAUCCUGGCUAAGCUGAAGAAGAAGAAGGGGCCUGGUGCUGUCUCUGUGACCGAGCUUGAAGACAGCAAAAGGGAGGGUGGGGAGUUAAAUGGAGGUGGCGACCGGGGGCAAGACACAGCAACUAUGGCUGCCUCCAAUGCAUCCACCCCAUCACCAUCAGCAGACCUCCUUGGGAUUCGUUCAGCAGCUCCGAUUGGUGCUGCUCCAGCCAGCACUGGCAGCCUAUUGGUGGAUGUGUUCUCUGAGGCAGGGCCUGUCGCACCUUCUGCAGCUGUGAAUGACGACGGCUUCCUAAGAGAUCUGGAACAGCCCACCGAGACCUCUGAUUCCCUAUUGGUGGAGGGUUCUGGUGACUUGGACUCUGCUCCUCCCUCUGAGGAUCCUGCUCCUCCUCUGUCUGAGGCAGACGAUCUUCUGAACAAGUUUGUGUGCAAGAACAAUGGAGUUCUCUUCGAGAAUCAGCUGCUACAGAUUGGCAUCAAGUCAGAGUAUCGCCAGAAUCUGGGGAGAAUGUACUUAUUCUACGGGAACAAGACGUCGGUGCAGUUUGCCAGCUUCACUACCACAGUCAGCUGUCCUGGGGAGCUGCAGUCACAGCUCAAUGUUCAGACCAAACCAGUGGAACCACUGGUAGAGGGUGGCGCCCAGAUCCAACAGGUCCUCAACAUUGAGUGUCUGACCGACUUCUCUGAUGCCCCACUGCUCAACAUCAAGUUCAGAUAUGGUGGAGCUCUGCAGAACCUGACCCUCAAGCUCCCUGUCACCAUUAACAAGUUCUUCCAGCCAACUGAGAUGACGUCACAUGACUUUUUCCAGCGAUGGAAACAGCUGAGCCAGCCACAGCAAGAGGCACAAAAGAUAUUCAAGGCCAACAACAGCAUGGACACUGAAGUACUAAAGGCUAAGCUACUGGGACUAGGAACGGCCCUGCUGGACAAUGUUGAUCCAAAUCCAGAGAAUUAUGUGUGUGCUGGGGUGAUCCAGACCAAAAGCCAGCAGGUUGGCUGUCUGCUAAGACUCGAGCCAAAUGCCCAGGCACAGGUACAACACACAGACUCACCAGAAAGCAUGUACCGUCUGACUCUGCGCUGCAGCAAGGACUCUGUGUCCAGGCGUCUAUGCGAGCUGCUGGCUGAACAGUUCUAGAGUACAGACCUCUACCAUGACCAGUACUCCCACCAUCCCCACCAGCGACUUCUCCCUCCAGCCCUCCUGCCACACUUUUCCUCCUCCCUCCAACAAGAAUCUUUGAGUAAAAAAAAUUGUAACCUACAUAAGGGAAAAUGUAGCCACUGCUAGCAGCAGUGGCAAUAUUAUUGUCAUUCUUCUUGUCCCAUAUUCUGAUUCCAGUUCAUCUUAAUUAACAUGAUGCUACAUUCUUAAAUUUGUUGGUGUAUAUUUGUGUGCGUGUGUGGGUGUCCUAUGGUUGUGCUGUGGUCCCAUUCUGCUCCCACCUGACUCCUCUGAAUAACUGUGUGUGGGUUUGUGUGUGUGCGUGUGCGCGCGUGUGAGUGAGAGAGAUAUUUUAAUUGAAUUGGUAGAGCAUUCCUGAAAGUAAAAUUUUUGAAGCUGUUUAUGGCACUCAUCCCCUCCCUACACACACACACGUACACACACAUACGUGUAUGGCCUCCACAAUUCCUUGGCCUGAUGGUCCAGUUCUCAGAUCUCUGAGCUUCUGUCAAGCAUUCCCAGUGAAAAUGCACUUAAGGCGUUGGGAUCCUCUUCAAGGACCUCCAGUAUAGACCUCCUUACUGUAUGUGUAUUAUUUGACUUUCCUGAAGCCCUGUGAUAAGCCCUUGAUUCCAAUGAACCCAUACACUCAUUUAUGUUAUUGAUGUGUAUGUAAAUAUGUGCAGUGUAUUACUUUAUUGCUUUCUCAGUCAUUCUUACGUUGUUUGGAACACCUGUGAGUAGGAGGAUGGCUCAGAAUGGACCCUCUGUAGUUGACAGAUACAGGGAUUAGAAUUGUUGUGUUCAGACUUUCAGCCCUGUUGAGUUUGUCUCAUCCAGUGACAGAGAGAUGGGUUCAACUGCAAGUCACUGAAAAUCUUAGAGGCAUCUGAAAUGUGUAGAGGUAGACAAGUUGUACUCUUUAGAAACCUUGAAGUACACUUGGCAAGCCAACCAUACAGAUGUAGCUUUUCUUUUGUAAAACUGGAAUAUUCUUUUUGAAAACACUGACUAUAAAACGUGUGUUCAAGUCAGUUUUUCAAGUCCAUCAUUUUCAAGCACAGGAAAGGUUGAGAUUUAUGCUUUAUUGUAAGCAUUUCCAAGCAGCAUGCUUAACAUUUACAUAUUAGAAAACUUCAGUGAUGAGGACUAAUGAAUCUUUCUGAUUAAGUUUCCAACCUUUGAUAAAGACCAGUACAUAAGUGCUUCUUGUAGUUUUUCAGUGGGAAGCACCUACAUGUUAAAUGCAUCAUGGCUGCAGAGGAAGCUGCUAUCUAUAUAGAGUCCUAUUGAUUUCCUUUUUGGAGAUGUGCACAGGCUUAGCUAUGUUUAUCUAAAGGAUGGAAUCAUUUUUCUGUCAGACCUUGAAGCUCUGAGAGCUGCUGCUGCAGCAGCUAAAUCCGGAACCAACAUACAUAUGAUCUCAUUCCAUCCCAGGCUGGCCAUCGAGUCUGAUCUACAUAUGUACGCAUUUAUAUUCCUGCUCCUCCUAAGCCUCUACAGAAGAGAUCAACGCCAACAAGACUGAUCCACACACAACCACUACACUAAAUGUUAAGAAAACAGAAAGCAUUUUAAGGUAGUUUGAAAUCACCAACUCUUCCCGGGCUUCCUCACACACAAGUGCUGAUGUCAUGGGAGAGAACAGGAUGUAUGACCUUCAGAUGUCCAUUACAGCUACAGGGGACUCGGUAUCUAUGUGUGAAUGUGGGUGUGGUUGUAAGCAGGAAAAAAAAGCCUAAAGACAUUUCUAAUACAUGGUCACAUUAGAUUCUGUGGCUGCACAGCACUCACAGGACAUUGAACUUGAUAGUGGAAAAUGUAGUCAUUUUUGUCAUUCUGUGAGUGUGUGUAUGUGAGUUUGUGUUUGUCCACGCAGUAUCCACUAGCUAAUGCAGCCUCAUGUAUCGGUGUUAAAACAUGUCCAAUACCUGUGUUAGAAUUAAGAUUUACUCUGUAAUGGAAAAAUGUGAAAGUAAAACUAUGCCAUAUAUCGAA